UCACGUGAUGGUGCAUUGUCAUACCCGGUAGACAGUGUGGUGUAGCUAGCUGGCUAGUUGCUGCACAUUUCAGGUUAUGACAAAACACACAGGUAAUAUUGGUAAUCUGAAGAUGGCUUCUUAUUUUGAUGAGCAUGACUGUGAACCAACGAAUCCCGAAGAACAGUACCGUCAGAAUGCACUACUAGAACUGGCCAGUUGGCAUCCAACGUUAUGGUGCCUUACCACCACCUACUGUUACAUUGCCUGUUGACCUCUGUGUAGGUCUUUGAUGCAGGGCCUCGACAUUGACUCGGGAGCGUUUGACCUAUCGGACUGGGACCAGCGUCUUCCUCCCCCAGCUGCUAAAACAGCUGUCCAAACCUUACCUGUGGUUGUCAUAUCCCCAGAGCAAGCAGACAAAGGGCUGAAGUGUCCUGUGUGUCUGCUGGAGUUUGAGGAGCAGGAGGCGGUGAGGGAGAUGCCCUGCAAACACCUCUUUCACUCUGGUUGUAUCCUGCCCUGGUUAGGGAAGACAAAUUCUUGCCCGCUAUGCCGUCUCGAGCUACCAACCGACAAUCCAGAGUAUGAAGAGUUCAAGAAGGACAAGGACAGGAGAAAACAGAGGGAACACAGACUGGAAGAUCUGCAUGGAGCCAUGUACACAUAACGGCUCAGAGCACACUGCUUAUUGCUGAUUUCACCUUUCUUGCGUUGGGUCGCAAUAGAAUUAAGAAUUGACAAAAGCUGCAAAUAUUAUGUAGCUAUUAUGUUUUAUCGUAUGUACUGUAAAUAUGUCAGUUUUAAAUACAGUCAAUUGUACAAAGACCCAUUUUGUGAUACAGAUUGAAAUUAUGGAUGAUCAUUAUACAAUGAAAGGAAUAUUGAGACAGUUGAGUCUGUUUGAACUCUACAUUCACUGCCUUAACACAUCAUAGCAUUUCUUCCUUUUCGCCAAGAUGCAAUACAUUUACCAAAACAGAUGAUUAAAUGGCUUUUCAUGGCAUAUGUUUUGCUGGCCUCACCAUAUUUAUCAGACUUUAAAUUCAAUCUGUUUAUAGUGUUGAUUGCUUUGGCAUCGUCAUUAAAGGCCCAGUGCAGUCAAAAUUC